AUGGAGCUUCUACCGGAGUCCCUGCGAAUCAUCCUCUACCUGGUCCUAUGCCAGGGUCGACCGCGCAAACGGCUCAUGGUCGUCAGAGCGUUGGCGAUGUGGAAUAUAAAGGUGAAGACGCUACAGUUGCAGGAGUUCCUAACCUACUUCGAGGUGAUCGGGCUUUUACAAGCAUUGGUGAUGUUGUCGCUGAAGGCUCUAACGUACCACGGGGUGAUCGGGCUUUCGCGAAUUGUGCGGAUCGUGGUUCAGGAGUUUCUAACCUACCUCUUGGUGAUCGGGUCUCAGUCGCCGGGUGGUCCACGUGCCUUUUUCCAGGGCUUGUUCGGUCUGGGUACAACUGGUCGUGAUGAAGGACAGCAGUUUGAUCAAGGAGUUCAGAUGGGUGCAGCGGCGCCGGCUCGGGAUGGCGACGUCUUGGCGACUUUAGCCAGGGGCAUAGAAGCGCUACUGCAGCAACAGCAACAAGGGCCUCGGCAAGAUCGUCCAGAAACGGUUAAGCCAGGUAUCUCUGAACUUCCUCCACUUCCAGAAUACCAGCCGUUAACGGGGUCGAUAGACUUGCUUCACUGGUUGACGCACAUAGCGCCGAUGAUGGAGGACUUGUCGGAUACCAGUCUACUUUGGUGGCAGCAGACCGUCAAGGAUGCCCUCACUUGGUAUGCUCAGUACUCAGCUGCGCCACCGCUUGCACGAUUACAACUUCGACCGAGACCCACCCAUGAUCUUCGUCCGGAGUGGGCUAGAGUUGAAAGACGUGCCACGGCAAUGAUGCUCAGCGCCGUUCCGAAGGCGAUCCGUGAGGAGAUAAUCGCUCACGGCCAGAUGUCGAGUUUGGAUGUGCUUUGCAAGCUGUACUCGGUGUAUCAACCGGGUAAUCUGCAGGAGAAGUCGUUGGUUCUACGGAUGCUGGAGCAGCCCGAGGAGUGCACUACGGCCCUCCAAGCGGUGGAGGGGCUACGACGAUGGAGCUUGUGGAGACGGAGAGCGGCUUCCUUGGGGAUGGCAGAACCGGAUGCGUCGGUUUUGGUUAGAGGACUGGACAAGAUCACAGCUCCCAUCAUCCAGGGGAGCGGGGAGCUUUCGUUCCGAGUGAGCUUGAUCAGGAGCACGCUGCAAGUGGAUGUGAGUCCAUCUUCGUCUACGGUGACUACCUUUCACCAGCACCUCCAGGCUGAGAUGGAGCAACAGGCCAGACUGGGAGUUGCAAAAGGGCGGCGGUCAGGCGAGGACUACAACCUCGCGUACGGAGGCGGCGGGCCCAGGGGAGACGGGGUCUACAUCGCCUACGGCAUCAGCGACGGAUUCGCCGACGAGGUCAGUGGUGGACACAGUGAGUCGUUGGGCCUGUCAACCUGUACCUCCCUCGCCAAGGGCGCGGCCAAGGAUGUGAAGGUGAAGCUGGCUGGAGAUGGUUAUGCGGCCAUGCGUCAAACCUCCGCGGGCACUAUUCUCAAUGAGGACCAAAUGGCCCAAGUGAUCGUUCCCCUCGGUAAGGUCAUCUCCACCCUUGGAUAUAAACUACACUGGACGUCCCAGGAGUGCUACCUGUAUGCCGAGGAUGGGGAGAUUAUCACCCUUGAAGUGGUUCGAGGAUGCCCUGAGGUGAGCGAGGAGGUUGCCAAGAAGCUGAUAACGAGGCUGGAACAGACCCAGCUUCCAGAACUCAAGGAGGCCACUGAGGCGUCGGUCAAGGCGUUGAGCUUUGUGAAGUCCAGCUGGUGGGUUUGUCUCAUGGAGUAUGUUAUGACGGGCAGUAGUGAUGCUGCAAAAAUGGCAAUCAAGAAGGCCCCGUUCUUGUUGUACAAGGACGUGUUGGUGGAGGGCCUGGCUUGUCAAAGGCCAAGGAAGGGCAUCUGGGAGAUGCUCAAGGCCAUCAACGUGAACAGGCGAACUCGGAAGCGCCUGAUGAACUCUUCUUCGUGGGUGGUUCGCUGGGACCCCCCGGCAGUGGAUCGUCCCCGGGAUGCCUUGAAGCAUCUGGGCAUGGCCAAGGAGACCAUGUACAUCAACUUGAACACCUUGCUGAUGGAGAAUGAGUUCGAAGAAGUUUGGAAAGUGGUGCUUUGGGGAGCAGCGGAAGGAAAAAUCAGCACCGUCGUCGCUAAGGACAGUUUGGGAACUCCGAUGAACCAUGUGGUGGCCGCCCCUCACCGCAGUAAGGUGCAUUAUUUGCAUGCACUGGCAACGGCAGGCCGAACUGCUCAUGGUCAGGGUGCGGUGAGACUGCUGGUCGAGGACCUCGAUCGAGUUCAGCGAGAUCAGCGCGAUGGUGUGGAAAGUAUGUGGCCGGCAUGGUCUAUGUGCAAAGAUGCCAAAGAGUACAUGGCCGAGAUGGAGAUUGUUGAUAUCUCCAUAUCGGAGUUCACGGGCGAAAACUACGUGAGGGUCGCUCGUCUUGAUGGUGAUGCAGCUUGGCGACUGCACGUGAUGCGGGGGCAUCAGCCUUUUCGUCGGGACUGCUCGGUGUGCGUUCGCAACAGUGCCACAAGGAAGCAACACCGAACAACGAUGCAUCCAAUGGCCUACACGUUAAGUGUGGACGUGGUGGGGCCGCUGAAGGAGUAUGGCAAGUCACCAGACGGGAAGUUCUUCAAGUACUUCGUCAUUGGCGCUCUAAGAAUACCUAAGGUUGAAGGUGGUGAUGGACAUCCAGAAGUUCAUGGGCAUCCUAUCCCUCCAGAUGGUGUUGAGGAAGACGAUGACGAGGAGAUCCUCUCCGAGGAGGAGCGUGACGAGGAGGAGGCCGUUCCUGAGAGUGACUACUGUGACCCUGCGGAGAUUGAGAAGGAAAAUGAGCGGUGGAAGGAGCUGAAGGCUAUGUUUAAGGAGCCCAUUGCCACCACCACCUUGUACUUUGCGGCUCCGGUCAACAACAAGAAGGCAGCCACGAUGCUACCCGCCGUCCAAAAGAUUGUCUUGGAUGUGAAGGCUCUUGGCUACCCGAUAACAAGGCUGCAUAGUGAUCGCGGCGGUGAGUUCAGAGGCCACUUGGUGCGGCGGUGGGCUCUUGCCCAAGGGAUGUGGCCUACUACGACGUCGGGAUCGGAGUCGGCAUCUAAUGGGGUCGCUGAAGCAGGAGUGCGAUACUUAAAGCGCCGAGCCAGAGUACUACUGGAUAGUUCAGGCGUGGGUCGACAGCACUGGCCUACGGCGGUUCAACAUGCGGCAGCCCAACAGCGUUGUGAUCAACUUGGAGUGCUACCUGCACUCCCUGUGGCCUAUGGUACCAAGGUGUAUGUGAAGACCAAGAAGUACAAGACUGGUGCGGUUGAAGAUUUUGGACCGCACUGGACUCGCAGACGGUAUGUGGGACCGUCCACGGAUAUCCGAGGAGGCCAUGUCAUUUUGAAGGACACCGGAACCUUUGUGCAGACGACCCAUGUGAGGAUUACCAGGGAGCCGCCUCCUUUGGACACCAUUGCUCCGACUGUGGUUGUGGAGCCUGAAACAAGUCUUCCGGCCCCUGGAGAGGGAGAACCUCCUUUACCACCACCAGAUGUCCCUCCUCCCGAAAGGAGGCUUCGUGCAAAGACUCCCCGAGCCGCGAAGCUCGACGAACUUUAUGAGCCUUGUGUUGAGCUGUUUGAGGCUACCCAGGGUAUGAAAGGUUCGUUGGAGGAGGAGUGUGAGCUGAAGUAUCUUCGGUUGGAGGAGAUUGAGUACCUGGAAGGUGUCGCGCGUGGCUUGUGUCAGGACAGAAAGUUCUCUAAGAGGGAUGGUCACCAGUUGCUGAGUUUGUUUGCGGGGACCUGUGGCAAUUUGAAGGUUCCACGUGCUCCUGAAGGGCAAGGCUUGGUGCUGGGUGCCUAUGUCCAUGGAGGGUCAUUUGGAGUGACUCGGUAUGGACGAGAUCUACCAUGGGUCAUGAAGUAUUUCAAUAUGUACCUCUAUGAGAGGAUAAAAGCUCGUUGGCCACAUGUACGUCCUACUUGGACCACUUUAGCCCUUCAAUGUGCGGAGACUAUUCCCCGUCAUCGAGAUGUUCACAAUGAGCGAGCUACGUUCAACUACGUUGUGGAGCUGAAGUCUGAAGAUGAGGGAGGGCUGUGGGUUGAGGAUAAAGGCCUCGAGCGCGGUGUUGUUGGAGGUGAGCGACUAGAAGAUUUUCAAUAUGAGACCGAAGAUGGUGCGGUGUUUGAUGGCUGUGUGGUGGAUGUAUCGGAGCAGCCGGCGGCCUUCAACCCCAUGACCCCGCACGCCUAUGUGAUGAUUGAUCACCGACGGUGGUUUCUGAGCGCCUACACGCCGCAAGGGUUCUCUCGGUUGAGUCGUGGUGACCAACAAUAUCUACAACAAGCUGGGUUUCCUCUUUGUCAAGAAGAUGAAGAUUACCACGGAGAGCAGGAAAAGGGUCCUGCACUAAGGGCUGCUGACUUACCUUCCGGGACUACGUCGAGUGGAUCUCAUGUUGACCGGGGAGAUGUGGAAGUGGUUACCGUGGGUGAUUGUGAAGGAAGCUUCAGUGAUUGGGCCAUCUAUGUCGAGGACUACGUCGAGGAGGAGCUGGAACCGGGAGAGUGUGAUCAAGUUCGGUGCUUGAGGAGGAUUGGUUCUUCCGACGAUCCUGGUGAUGAGCUUUGGUCCUUGAUUGGGGCAUCAGAGUUGUUGUCUGAGGAGGAGGUGGGCCCAGAGGUUGCUGAGAACUUUGGUGACAGGUUGGAGCAUUGGAGCUCUAUCGGAACUUUGGAAGUUCCACGACUUGCAAAGGUCGAACCCGAGUACACCCCAGGAAUUGAGGAGAUCAUCAAGAAUGCGGUCGACCAUCAAAGCCCGUUGCGCCACACCUACAACGCCCAUGAGGCCAAGGAGGUGAUAGAAAAAUGGCGGUCCGCGAUAGCUAAGGAGGUGGGUGUCGUUGAAAAGGGAUUCAAGAGGAUCCGUGCUGAGGAGGUCGCUGACUUAAGAAAGGAGUUCACUGUGCAGGAGCUCCCCUCCAAGCUCGUGUAUACCGUCAAACCUCCGAGCACAACACCUACUACAACCGCAGGUCUUGGAGAUGAAGCUGUCUACUGUCGUAGAAAGGCCAGGGUGGUGUGCUGCGGCAACUUUGCUGACGAGGAGGGCUCCGACCUCUUCGCUGGAGGCAUCGCCGCCGAGAGCAUGAGAUGCGUGUUGGUGUAUACAGCAGACCAGGGCUGGAUGGUUGGAAUAGUUGACGUGACGGGAGCCUUUAUGCUAACUCCGCUCCCGCAAUCACGAGGGCAAGUUCGAUAUGUUAUAAGGCCACCCGCUGCUUUAGUAGCCCUAGGUUUGGCAGACCGAAACGAAAGGUGGCUGUUGACGCAUGGAAUGUACGGCUUGCGCCAAUCCCCGAGGCUUUGGGCAGAGUACCGGGAUACCGAGCUGAAAGGCAUCACCGUCGAGUAUGACAACAAGGUCUACGGGCUGAAGCAGGGUGUUGCAGAGCCAAACAUGUGGUUGGUUUACGAAGUUGGAGCACCCCUAGAUCGACCUCCGGAGGGCUUGAUCCUGGUGUACGUUGAUGAUAUUAUGCUAUGCGGACCAAGAGGUUUGGUGUGUGCUGUAGCGGCCAAAGUUUCCCAGUUAUGGAAAACUUCGGAGUUGGAGCUGUUGACUGCGGAGCACGACCUACGGUUCCUUGGGUGCGAGAUAUCAACGACAUCAGAUGAGAACGUCUUCUACCUCCACCAGCGGCCCUACAUCGACGAGAUACUACGCCACCACGGGAUCGCGGGGACUACGUUGUCACAAGUGCAAGCACCACGCGACAUGGUGACCUUUGAAGCGUUUGAAGGAGAGACCCCGGGCACCCCCGAGGAGAUUAAAGCCGCGCAGCGGCUAUGCGGCGAGCUUUUAUGGUUGGCCCAGCGAUCAAGGCCGGACAUAUGCUACGUUGUCAGUGCUAUGGGUUCCUUGCUUUCCCGUGCGGCUGUUAGAUGUGUUGCUAUAGGCAUGCGACUCCUAGCCUACUUGCAGCAGACCAAGAAUAUGGCCUUGACGAUGAGGGCAACAUCGGGCGAGCUUAUCGCCUACUCGGAUAGCUCCUUUGCCCCGCAGGGCAGCCGGAGCUUUACUGGAGUGGUGUUGAGCUGGAAGGGUUCACCCGUAUCCUGGAGGGCGGCCAAACAGCCGUUCACAUGCCUGAGCACAGCAGAAUGCGAGUUGGUGGCGUCAAUUGAAGCUUUGACUAUGGCAAAGUCUUUGGAGGCGAUUGUCAGUCAAAUAGAGCCACAACCCCGGAUGAUAAUUUUGGGGAUCGAUAACCAGGCUACCAUCGCGAUCGCCCAGCCCUCAACUACGGCUUCUUGGAGGACGAGGCACUUGCGGGUUAGGGCGGCCUACAUCCACGAGCAGGUGGAGUCGAAUCAAGUUCAGAUCCGUUAUGUUCCUGGGAAGCAGCAGUGGGCGGAUCUACUCACGAAAAGUUUCCCACGGCAACGCUUGGUCGAGUUGACUGCACUAUGGGGUUUUGUGGAUCGUGUUCAUGAAGCCUCGAAAAAGGCAGUGGUGAAGGCUAUGUUGAUGUGUAUGGUGGUCCAGACCACACGUGCUCAGGAGCAACCGGAGCCCCUCGCGAUCAACACCUCCCUCGAGCUCUACGUGAUGAUCUUGGUGAUGGGCAUAGCCGUUGUUGGGCUUUGGGAGUUCAUAUGGCUGUGUGUCGACAGGACCUCCGACUACUCCACCAAGGCCAAGGCGGGCAUCUACUUCUAUGUCAACAUCGUCAGCUCCUCCUUCGGUGCUGAGUUCUCCUAUGCCUAG